AUGGCCCCGUCGAAGACCGCAUCCCAGGCGAAGCCGGCCGCGGCGAGCUCGCAGCAGAGCCCCGUCUUGACCCUGUGGAACGCCUACAACGAGACGACCUCGACGCGCCUCAAGACCAUUGACGCGUUCCUGGUCUUCCUCAUGCUCUCGGGCAUCAUACAAUUCCUCUACUGCAUCCUCGUCACCAACUUCCCCUUCAACGCAUUUUUGGCUGGUUUCUCGAGCUGCGUCGGCCAGUUCGUUCUGGCUGCAUCCCUCCGCGCGCAGGUGAACCCCGCGAACAAGAACGAGUUCAAAGAAGUCUCUCCAGAAAGGGCGUUCGCGGACUUCGCUCUUGGCUCGAUCGUACUACACUUCUUCGUGUACAACUUCCUCGGGUGA